AUGCUAAGAGAUCCAAGUGAAGCCAACAAACGAGAAUUAGCCUUACAACAAAGAAAAGCAAAACAGAUAAUCAAUAAAAACAAACGAAUUUGGGAGAAACCCAGAAUAGAAACUAUAGAAAAUAGCUACAAAAAUAAUACAAAACUAUUCUUUGAAAAGGCAAACGAAGUUAAAAAUGGAUUUAUACCAAGAUCAUCAAUAAUGAAAGAAGACAAGGGAACUUUAGUUUCCGAUAAAGAAGAAGUAACAAAAGAAUACAAAAAGGUUUUCUAG